UACGUACAUACAUCCAAGGGACGUGCGUGUUCGCUCCUUUGGUCUCCUUUCUUUCCGAGAACCACGAUCAGCACUGCUCGGCUGUUGUCGUUGGUCUACUGCCCGCUUAGACUAGGAAAUUGGAGCGAGACCAGCUGUGUGGAGAGCAAGUAAGCCGGGUGUGCGUGCAGGGAGAGAGAACAAUAACGGUCCUUCGCCAGCAGCCGGCAGGGGUAGCCUCUUCCUUCCACCGAAAUAUGAUGGAGGCGGAUUGGGCGAGGUGGGACGCGAUCGAGCUGCCUCAUGGCGGCAAGUUCAACUACUGGAACGAGCCUUACGCAGAGGUUUACGACUGGCACCCUUGGCUGCGAAGGUUCUACACUCAGCGCGAGAUUAACUACGACUGCAAGGAGGCGUGGCAUUGGACCCGCGAUAACAGCCCCUGGCUGCCCAUACUGGUCUGCAUGGGGUACCUCGCUUUCUGCUACGUGGGUCCCAAGGUGAUGGCGAACCGGAAGCCGUUCGACUUACGGAGGCCGUUGAUUGCGUGGAACUUCAUGCUCUCGGCGUUCUCUUUCGUUGGGAUGAUGAGGACGGUGCCUCAUCUGAUCCAAAUCCUCUACGUGUACGGGUUCAAGUAUACCAUUUGCGCCAAGCCCACGAUGUGGUACGGAUCCGGUGCCGUCGGGAUGUGGACUCAGGCUUUCGUUUUCUCGAAGAUCCCUGAGCUGGGCGACACGAUCUUCGUUGUGUUGAGGAAGAAGCCUCUCAUAUUCCUUCAUUGGUACCACCACGUGACGGUGCUGCUUUACUGCUGGCACUCGUACUUUGAGCAGACCACGUACGGCCUCUACUUCAUCAGCAUGAACUACACCGUGCAUGCGCUCAUGUACCUAUACUACGGGCUCGCUGGCAUGAGAAUCCGCCUUUGCAAGCCUUACUAUAUCACCACUAUGCAGAUCAGCCAGAUGGUGGUUGGCAUCGCCGUUUGCGUGGCAGGGGGCUACUACAUGGCCAUGGGCGAGACAAAGUUCAUUUCCAUGCCUAACUUCCAGGCGGGCGUCCUCAUGUACUUCUCGUACAUGCUGCUCUUCUUGCAGUAUGCGCUAGGCCGCUUCUUGCCCAAGGCUGGGAAGAGCAAGAUGUCGAAGGGAGGAGGAGGAGGAGGCUCGGUGGCAGGAAAGCCUAAAAUAGCUGCUUCUGGUGAUGGCGGUGCGGGUGCCGCAUCUUCGGUCGACCGAAAACCACGAUCAAAGGCGGAGUGAUUUGGUUGGUCGGCGGGGCCCUCGCCACGGCGGCGGAGUUGUUCUUGUGAUAGGUGGCGUUAUUUCUGCAUCAUCGUCUUCUCGUGCGAGAGGAAAACAAAAAAAACAGUCAAGAAGAGUGAUAAGUAAUGAACAGUCACGGCAAACGAUUAUAGCCGAUCACGUGUUCGAAGGAGCUGUGUGCGUGUGCGUGUGCGAAGCACGGGAAGCCCCUGGAAAGAUGUUGGGCGAGCUGGCUUGUCGCCAAUGGCGUUGGAUUUGUUCGUGGGAAAUGUGUGAGCAACUGGCAACAAAUUUGACACGGGUUCCUGCUGAUUUAGCAGCAAAUCGAUAGAUGGUUGGCCGACUCAUUGAGAAAGGAGGUGGUGGUUGUCGAUCAGUAGCUAAAUGUGUCGCCAUGUGUAUGUGUUUUACGCCCAGCACAAUUAGACGCUAAACGCAUGCUGCCUGGUACACACAAUUUUCCCGAAAACUUUGGGAAAUAGUUCCGAGGUAAAUAUUAUGUUCUGAGACACGAUUCUGAGGGUCGCGCGAUGUGCUUCGGAUUGAACGAUCUCUUGGAAUUUUGUCGCACUGCUGUAUGAUGAUGUCUUGUAUGGAAACUGUUGUGCUGUUGUCUAUUUUGUCUAUUUUUUCUCUUUUCUUCUUCUUUUUAGCUUGUUCCUUUUAAAUCAAUUCAUGACUUGAUUGACGCGACAGCGGGAAACCCGGCAAGUAGAAGUGGGCGUCUGGCGUGUUUUUGCGUUCCUCCUACAGCACAAGAUUUCUUGGCUGGUUGGGGCUCGGCAUGGUUUCCAGACUGAUUCAACAGAUCAAGGCAACCUUUGAACCUGCUGUGCGGCUCAUGUGUGGUUUGACGUUUCCGUGGGAACAGCGUUCACUCCUACAGUCGGUGCAGCGGCGGCAUGUUUCGCUGCUGUGGGUCUGACGAGUCGGCGAGCGAGGUUUGAAAUGGUGGGCAUCUGGGACGUAUCGCGAGGGCAGCAAUGCUGGCGAGAUGAAAUAAGGCACUGCUGUUCUCGGUGCUUCGUGCUCGCUCCCUCCCGGAAUAAUUCCCUUUCUUUUUGGUCAUUUUUUUGUGUCGGGCCUACUCAAGCGCUUUAUUAAUGAUCUACUGUAGUUGUUGAUCGAUCCACUUUUACCUCGGCCAUGGCUGCUCUCUAGUGGGCUAGCUUAGAACGGCCGAGAUUUGCCACUCACCUCGCUUGUAGCGGCGGGCUUGCGAAAAGAGCAGCCAUGGUGGAGUAUGUAUCGGUUCAUUGACGUCGCGCGGAGCGGCAUGUCUGUUCUGUUGCCUGUGGACACGGUAAGCACUCUUCUGACCAGAAGUAUGUAGUGGAGCCUCUCAGACUUGGCAAGCGAUCGAUUGAUGUCGGCAUGGGUGCGAUACAAUCGCCGGUGUCUCGAUGAAUCAGUGAGGAGUCUUGCGCGAGUACAUACCCACCCGCGGAACAAUCGGGAUGGUCGAUAGCUUCAGACAUUGGUGCCUGCCUAUGUACUGAAUAUGAUGUUUCGGACACAGAAAAGGCAACAGGAUGGGGGGAAUUGGAGAGAGACCCUCUCCUGUCAUAAGGCGUGCUCCCGUUGUCUCCUUCCGUUCGCCACGCUUGCCUGCUGCACGCAUCCAAGAGGAAUGACCUGUCUGUAUAUGUGGGACAGACCUAGGCACAAAAAUCACUUGCUUUUUUUUCACUCCGUAGACUACGAUGGUUUUUAGACGAAUUGUUGCUGCUGUGCUCCAGAACCAUGCUUUCGUUUCUCUGCCGUUUUUUGUUGAUGACUUGGGAGAGUGGGACUGGUAGUUCUGUUGCUACUGGGUAGGCGGGUGUGAUGCGAACACGUUUCUUUUCCGCGCGCCUGUGUCAACAUCAACAUUUUUUUCUUUAUUUUCCUUUCGCGGAGGAAACGGAACAGGGAUCGAUUGAUCCGUUUCUCCCCGUCAUUGUUUCUACAUUUAUUUGUAGGCUAGGGACAACACUACAUACCGCUGUUUUCGGUGUGGGACUGCUAAGCUUCAUCAGUUUUUCGCCGUGUGUCUGUUACUCUGCGACGACGUGUAUACAAGGCUUAUCGCAGACCAGAAAAAAUGGUCGCUCCCAGAAGCAGCGACUGAUUCGAGAUCGUGCAUCCACCCCCUCCCGUGUCGCGUUGUGUGUUUUCUUGCGGGCGGGUGUUUUCACUCUGUUCGGGGGGUGGGUGCUUGGCGCGUGACUCUCAUGUUGUGGUUGUAUUGGCGGGUAGUGUAGAUCGCCAUACACUGCACCACAGCAAUUUGGAAAAAGAUGGCAAACGGAUCCAAUGAAUCUAGGGGAGAGACGGAGUGGAGGGCCGUGACCAGCUGUGGUUGUAUUUUUGGCGGUCCGUGCAAGGAGUGUUGGGAAUGCUUGCGAUUGUUGUUCCCUCAAGUCAGGGAGCGACGGUUGGGAGGGGGCAUCACGUGAAAAUCGCGAGACGGUAGCGACAGGGCUGACAUGUGCCUAGACGGCCGCAGUGUAGAAUGGACGACAAUAGCAACGUCGUAGAUAUAGCAACGCGGUGGCAAGAGGAGAUGCGGGGGAGGGACGAGCAUGGUACAUGCAAGAGGAUGCCCCCCCCCCCAAGUUGAGGUACAGGAAAGAGUGAGUUUUUGUUGAGGGGAGGGAGAGAAUUGGGGACGUAACAUGUUUUAUCUUGUUAGCGCUUCGUUUUGUGGAAUGAAAAGGGGUGUCACCUGGGGAUGAUCGUGGCAACACCAUAAUGCACAACAUCCGCGACGUGCAAACUGAUGUCGUCGUGGAUGAUCAGUUCGAAGCAGAGACAGCAGACGGAUCGCCGUGUCUCUCUAGCGUCUGGUGGAAACCCAGCUUCCGACAGACAGACAAGACCGUUCGUGACAAGGUUGUUACUUCAAGAAACAUUUGGGUUGCAUUGGGCGACCUGCUUGUUUUGGGAGCUACCGCAAGAGUCGGAGAGAUGGCCCCCC